AUGGUUGUGGGUUGGAGGGGGGGGCAUAAGUAUAUGUAUGUGUGUAUGUAUGUAUUCAGUGCACUUCAUCCAGCCAGCCUUUCCGAGCUCGAGCUCGAGCUCACUCAGCCUUAUGAGAUGGGGAAUGUGGAUGGGGGAUCUAACGGUAGAUCCAUGUUUCACUACGAUGGAGCGAAAAUAGAAACGGACUGCAUGGGCUGUUGUGCUACAAACACUGCCUCACUUCGGUGGGUGAUACAUGUGUCAUCUGUCAUGAAGCCGGAUUCGAUCUCCACGGGGUGGUCAUCAGCAAAAUCCGCCUGGAUGGAGCAAAAGGCGGCUAGAAAAGUGGAUGAUGAUACGCAUCACAAUGCCAAGAACAUCUCCCAUACAUCGCUGUCAAUGAGCCAAGAGUAA